GAAAUUAUUCAUUCUUGGCAUCCCGCAGAUCAUUCCAAAAAUAUUUACAUUAAAGACGAUGACCCAUUAACCUUUUAUCGAAGGCCAGCUCGUCGAUCAACCGAUGCUAUUAGAGGUAGAUAUGGCUAUACUCAUGGCCAUCAUGCUUGGAAAUUAAAAUGGUUAACUCCACGAGGUAGCCAUGCAGUAGCAGGUGUUGGCUCAAAAGAAGCCAUACUACAUUGUAAAGGUUACACAACAUUAAUUGAGCAAGACCCUAACGCUUGGGGCUGGGAUAUUACUAACAAGAUUAGCUAUAGUGCAGGAAAGAAAUCAUUAACUUGCUAUCCGUCUAUGGCUCUUGAUUACCAAGCACCGAGUGAAGUUAUAGUCUAUCUGGAUAUGGAAAAUGGAACAUUAGCAUUUGAAGCUGAGGGUAAAUAUCUUGGUAUCUGUUGUACUGGGCUAGUUGGAAAAUCUCUUUAUCCAAUGGUUAGCGAAGUCUAUGGCAAUGCAGAAGUUUCAAUCAUUUAUCUU